AUGCCUAUGCGUAACAAUAUCCCGGUUCUGAAACCUCUUUACCCUAGAAUUCCUAAAGGAGUUUACCUCCCAUUUGUUCCGGGUAUCACGGCCCAGAUCAUCUCCAACCAUGGGGAAGCAUUCCCAAACUAUGAUCCUCGAGAAAGUGAUUCUCUUAGUCCAGACGACGAGGAUUCUGAAUACUUUCGCCUGCAUACCAUCACGAAAUAUAUUGCGGUGACCAAUGACUCAUCCUUCUCCAUUCAUUUGAAGGUUGAUCGACCCUAUCCCAAGACCAUGGAAUGCGCUCAUUUGCAGUUCGAGAUUCUUGUGGAUGGAGAAUUUGUGUGGAAUGCUUGGUGUGCGAGGGCUGAUUACAAAAGAAAUGGAAAGUUUAUGUGGGAGGAGACUAUUGAUGGGAUGAAGGUGGGCAAAGGAUAUAAGUGCGAGAUCAGCAAGUUCAGAUUCAGUGCUAUCAAGACCAACGACGAUAGACCGAGUCCUACCGCUUUUCAACGUAUCAAGGAUUCCAUGAACAAAAUUGGCAAAAUUGAGAUCAAUGUUUAUAAAACUAAGUAUGGAAAGCCAGGCGGAGAUGUCAUGAAUAACAAACAAGCGUUUCGAAAUAAGAGCAACAUAAAUGUUCCUGAGAGAGCAUUGAAGGGAGCUGAGGCCAAGAGCCAUGGUACUGCGUUGGGUGCUGGACAGAAAACUAGUAGAGGAAAGGUUUUCUCAAACGCCCAAAAGCAUGACGAACGCCCAAUGAUAGUCUUUCGCUUUCUAUACCGCUCCGAAGAAGCGCUUAAAUCUAUGCACAUCAUUGAACAUACGCCCACUCCUUCUGGCUCUAGCUCACCAGAAAUUGAGGACCAUAGUGGUAACAACCUAAUAGCUGUUCAAGCAAACUUGGCAAAGCAGAUGGCGGAUUUAGAAACGCAAAAACAACAGAUUGCGGAGCAAAUGGCGAGUUUACAGAGAUUGACUACCAACUCGGCAGGCGGAGGUCAUUCGAGCACUCGAAAGAGCAUCAAGAGAGAUAAUGAUGAUGAGCCUAAAGGAAGCCAGACAUCCAACAAGCGACGCAGAACGGAGAUGAGUAGAGGAAGGGUUACAGUUGAUCUGACAGGUGAUAGCGAGGACGAAGAGGUAGAACCUGCCAAGAUGGCUAGUAGGGAUGAGAAACGAAAGGCUAUCAAAUUGGAUGACGAUGAUGAAGAAGAUAGUUUGCUUGAUACAGAUAAUCGGAAAUGGAGAUAG